GGCCUCGGUUCUAAAUCAGGGACGAAAAAGAACAGCAUCACAAGAAUCUAGAAUUGAUACUACUCCCAAAAUGGGUCCACGGCAACAAACUAUUACAUCGGCUUUCGAUCGUCCUUUUUCAUACGGAGCUGGCGGUACCAAAGGAAAAGAAAUAACAACUUGUGUCAUGUACAUGGUGUGUACGGAUAACAUGCCUCUUUGUACAGUAGACAAGAAAGGAUUUCGUCAACUAAUGAAAACUGUAUGCCCACUAUAUAAAGUGCCGCACGAGACACAGUUUCGCGAGAUCCUGAAAAAUAAAUUUAUAAAAAGCAAAGAAAUUGUCAGAAACCGCCUCCGAUCGAUCACAAGCAUCUGUCUAACGACAGAUGUUUGGACCGAAAUGUUAAACGUCAGAAGCUACUUGGGGAUCACAGGGCAUUUUAUUCAUGAUUCUCAACUACACUCCGUUUUGCUAGGAGUUGUUGAAUGCAAACAAUCGAAAACAUCAGAAUACAUUGCGAAUCUGUUGCGGGUUUGCUGCAACGAUUGGGGUAUUAAAAACGAAACAAUUUCUUGUGUAACGACCGAUCUCGGUGCAAACAUACUAGGGGCAGUAAGAAUGGAGUACGGUGAACGACGCCAUGUACCGUGCUUCGCCCACACAAUCAACUUGAUCGCAAGCAAAGCAGUCCCCUUGUACAAAGAAGCAUACGCAGCUCGGAUGGAGCCGGUCAUAGAAGAGGAUAACGACGAUGAGCUGGAUGGUGUUGAGGAUCAUUGUACGAUAGAGGUUUCCAUUACACCAGAGAAAAAUAUGAUAUAUAUAAUCAAGAAGAUGAAAACAAUAAUCAAGUUCUUCAAAGCAAGUGAAACAGCCACCAGAGAACUGAGAAAACUGCAGUUGGCCGAUAAUAAAAAGGAAGGACAAUGUCUAGGACUAGUGUUGGAUGUCCGAACACGAUGGAAUUCGAUUAUGGCAAUGAUAGAAAGAUUCCUUGUAAUGGCACACUAUAUUUCAAGGGUACUGCUCGAUGUUCCUAAAACACCAACUAUGUUAACAGCAGAUGAGUUGUCAAUUUUGAAGGAAAUCUGCAAAGUUCUCCACCCAUUGGAAACAGUAACUACCGAAAUGUCAGCUGAAAAGUACGUGACGAUCAGUAAAAUUAUCCCAUUGGUUCGGUUGCUAAAAAUCAGCUAUACAAGUAUGCAGCUUGAUUCUGCUGAAGCUAUGUCUGUAAAAAACAGCAUUAUGCUGCACAUCAUGAAAUAUUUCAAUGAUGUAGGAAAAAGAAAACUUUUCGCGGUCGCAACGCUUCUUGAUCCCCGAUUCAAGAAAAUACAUUUUGAAAGUCCUCUCACGGUGGCCCCCGCUAUUUCAUGGGUUGGGGAACUUGUCAGAACAGCUGCGGAAGAGUCACCUGAAUUCGAAUACGAUCUUCGGAUAUCAGGAGAGCCAGAAACAAACACCAUUACCGACGACUUGUGGGCGAUUUAUGAUUCCAUGCGACCUGAGAAGGCAAGUCCAACACAACAACGCAAACUCAGUUUUAUUAGUGAGUAUACUACUAACAUUCGGCAUGUGUCUGGCGAAGAUAAUAAAGUCGCCGACAUGCUUAGUCGCAUUAACUCCAUUACCACUAAUGUGGUAGAUUACGAUCGUAUGGCCGAGUUCCAGAAAUCGGAUCUCGAACUGAAAAGAUUUUUGGAGAGUCCCCCACUCAGCACAUCAGUAAAGUUGAAAUUACUAAAAUCACCCGUAGUUUCUUCACCUCCGUAUUGCGAUGUAUCCACGGAGGCUAUUCGACCGUUCGUUCCAAAAGAGCUUCAGCGAAGUAUUAUAGACAAAAUUCACAUUACUUCGCACCCCGGAAUUCGCGCCACCACCCGUUUAGUCUCGGGGCGAUUUGUUUGGCCGUCGCUUCGUCAUGACUGUAAGCAGUUCGUCGCUUUUUGCAUGCCAUGCCAUAAAUCAAAAAUACAACAGCAUAACAGAACACCAACAGCCAUUAUUGUCGUACCACAAAGUCGAUUUGUGCACUUCCACAUGGAUCUCAUCGGACCAACGCCGCCGUCUGAAGGUAACAUGUAUUGCUUUACUAUCAUAGACAAAUUCACCCGAUGGCCGAAUAUGACAGCACUUUCGGUAGCACGUGCCUUUAUCAUUGGCUAG